GACAAAAGAAAAGUCAUAAAAAUGUUUCAGAAGGUUGCUAUUGAAACUUUGAUUCUUGUACUUCUCAUCAACUACUUGACCCAAAUCGAUGUUUCUUUAGCACAAUACUCUGAGUACCCGCAGCAGUCCCAUGACUCUCCUGACAGCUACCUCAGACCCCAUAACGCAGCCCGAGCGGCGGUCAGAGUCAAGCCCCUGAGAUGGGACUUUGGUAUAGCCACUGUGGCUCAGGACUACGCAAACCAACUAGCUGCCGGUCCUUGUAGUCUCGAACAUUCCUCUGGACCAUAUGGUGAGAAUCUUGCAUAUGGCAGUGGAGACAUGUCGGCGGCUCAGGCUGUCGCGAUGUGGGUAGAUGAGAAGUCGUAUUAUGAUUUUUACUCAAACUCAUGCCACGGUCCGGCUUGUGGACACUACACUCAGGUUGUGUGGCGUGGCUCAGCUCGGCUCGGUUGUGGUAAGGCUAAAUGUAGUAACGGUGCAAGUAUUGUUGUGUGUAACUAUGACCCUGCAGGCAAUUUUAUUGGAGCUAAACCAUAUUGAUUACAAAUUCAAUCGUUGAUUGUGUGUAAAGAUUGUUGUAUUAAUUACCUUUUUGUUUAUUUUGAGAAUUCAGGACAUGAAAAGUUGUCUACAUGUAAUUACAAAAAUGUUAAAACGACUUUCAUUUUUGAGUGAU